GUUUCUCAUUGUCAAAUAAAUUUCUUGGAAUAACAGUUUAGUUCUUAAAACCAAGAAAUUACUGAUGUCUGACUUUGUUGAGGGUUAAAAGUCAUUAUGAACUAGUUUACCGACUAAUUGCACGACAAUAAUAAUUAGUAAAUUAUUUUUUAUAUCUUAAACACUUUAUUUUGUAUUCAUGAUAAAUAAAUUGUGCUAAUGUGCUAUAAAUGGUGAAUUUCUAACAAAGAAACUCCUAAAUAUUUUUCUCAGAUUUUGAUCAAAUUUUACACGUUGUUUGUUCACAUUAUUUCGAGUCUUUUUAUACGGAAUUUUAAGUAAGUCAAUUAUUUAUAUUUACAUAGUAAUAUUUCAAUAAAGUUUAUAUGUCACGAAAAAUAAUUCAAUUCAACAUAGUCAAAAAUGGGAUAAAAAGAAAUGCAUGUUCGAUACUGCAUUCUUUAAGAAUUCCAAGAUGUUGCAAAAGCAUUAUUUGAAUUCGUUCAUUUUCAUUUUACGAAAUGAGAAAGAUCCACAAGGAAAAAUUGAAAUAAAAGAAACAGUCGGCAAGUAACAGUAAAAGAAGUCUUCCUCGUGGAAAGUGAAAAUGCAGGUUACACGUUGCUUCAAAACUGUAAAAGAACCAUAAUGGAUUUAGGUAGGCGUAGUCGCUAGAUAUCUUUUUUUCCGUUUAUCACUUGUUUUAGUCCAUGUGACAUGUCGACACCGAUAGGCAUGUCUAAUCAGUGGAGAUACAAAAAUGACUGGAUGAUUUCAUCGUGUCCAAAGACAGUAUAUAUCCGAGAUAAAGUUCAUCAAUUGCCUAAAAGAUGGUUUAAGGCUCAAGGUUAUAGGAAGCAACGACGAAUACUUUAAUUGAAAAAUUUAUCUCAUUUCCAUUUAAAAUAAAUCUUAAACCACGUUGAACAAAUUGGAUUAUUUGUAUAUUCAAACAUGAUCUUUUCGUUAAAAUUUCUUACGUCGAGUGCAUAAUUCCAAGCAGAAAUUUAAUAUCGAACGAUAUAACGGUUACAAGAUAUUUAACAGGAAGAGAAGUAGCAAACACUGAAAGUGUCACGAAGGCUCCAAAACAAUUUCAAGAAAAAGUAGCUGGCUCAAGACGGCGUUUCAUUUGAAAUUUUAACAAAAGAAAAAUCGCUCGUUCGAGCAAAAUUAGAUAAAAUAAAAAAUUUCUAAAGAUUAAUUAUUUUUAUUAAUAAAUAAUUACGUUGCGAUCGAGCACUGUUCCGGCAUAAGUGCAUCGAAAAAUUCGCAAGCCAGACUGUUUAGGGAAAAUAUGGAAGGGAUAGAAGGGAAUAUAGAAACAAUAGACGGAAAUGUGGAAAGCAUGAAUGGAAAUAUCGAAAGCGUAGAUAAAAGUAUGGAAAAACUGGAGGGAACCAGGAAAAUAAUGGAAGAAAAUAUGAAAAGAAUAGAAGUAACUAGGAAAAGAAUGGAAGGAAGCAUGGAAAUGAUGGAGGCAAAUAUGGAAAUGAUGGAAGGAAACAUGGAAAGAAUGGGAGUGUUCAUAAAAUCCGAACCCUUUGAAUAUUACGAACCUGAGAAAAGGAAACGUAAGAAUUUUAGUAUAUUAGAGAAAUUAAAAAUUUUGGAGGAAUUGGACUCUGUCAAGUCGGUAAAGGCAAUUAUGGAAAAAUACGGUGUUCCGGAGAGGACGUUAAGAGGCUGGAAAGGAAAACGUUUUAAACUAGAGGAAUUGAAUAAUACUUACAUACUAACAAACAAUUCAAAACGCAUAAGAGUUACGCCGUUGGACCAACUUGAAGAAGCAUUGUAUAUUUGGUUUAAAUGUACGAUCGAGAGUGGGAUCAGUUUGACAGGACCUUUAGUGACAAAAAAGGCAUUAGAACUGCAUAAGGAAAUGGGAAUAGAAAAGAAAUUUGUCGCAAGCGAAGGAUGGUUAAACCACUGGAAAAACAAAUACGGUAUACGUCAAUAUGCUGUAUACGGCAAAAGAUUUUCGACAGAUGUACCAGCUGCGCCUGUUUUUAGAGACGAUAUAGAAAAUAUGAUAAAGGAAAAUGAAUUACAAUUGUGUCAGAUUUUUAAUGCUGAGAAAACUGAUCUAAAUGGAAAAAUGAUGCCAAAGAAGUCGUUCGCAGAAAAAUCGCAGAUUAAACUUACAGAACUUAAAGAACGCCACACAGUUAUACUUUGUACCAACGGAGAUGCUAGCAUGAAGCUUCCGUUAGUUGUCAUUGGUAAAUCUACUAAACCUAAAUCGUUACAUACCGUGUCACAAGGUACACUUCCUGUACAUUAUGUUCCUCAGACAAACGGUUGGAUGACUGCAGAAAUUUUCGAAAAUUGGUUUCGUAAUGAAUUUGUACCACGAGUGACGACAUUUUUAACAGAAAAAGGCCUUCCGGCGAAAGCACUGCUUUUCGUUGACUAUGCGCCUUGUUAUGCCUCUUUCGACGUUAACGCUAUUGAAGGAGACAUAAAAAUAAGAUUUUUACGAGCUAAUACGUCGGAAGUGUUACAGCCGGUUGAUCGAACCAUAACGGACGACCUCAAGAGGCGUUAUAAGUUACACUUUUUACAUUCGAUACUUUUUGCGCAAAAGAAUGGAAUUAAUUUGGCUGCUCAUUUAAGAUCAAUUACUAUCAAAGACAUUCUUUACUGGAUGAGCGAUGUUUGGGACGGGGUGACCGAAGCAACAAUUUUAAAACAUUGGAAGAAAAUUUUACCCAGUCAUUAUGACGAUAGUAGCAGUGAAGAGAUGGAACAAACCAUUACGGAUGAUGACAUUUUGAGCAAUAUACGUCAAAUUAAUGAGUACCAAGACGCGGAGGAGAGAUCAGUUCAAAGUUGGAUUAGCACGAAAGAAAGUGACACAACCGAGAAAACAACUGUACCUACAAAUACUGAAUUAAUUGAACUGGUAGCUCAAGAAUAUGCAGAAGAAAAUAUGGACGAAACCGAUGUACUAGCUGUAAAUGUUCAUCCAAAUAAUGUAGUUGCUGCAGCUGACACGAUACUUUCUUUUUAUGAAGAAAAUGGUUUACUAUCUGCGUCAGACUUAGCUGUGAUAAGAAAAGCUAAACAAUUAGCUAUUAAAAUAGCUAUUUCGGAAUAACUCUUCAAAAAUAUAAUUAAUUUAUUAUUUUGUAUAAUAUUAAAUUUUUAAAUACAUAUUUGACUAUUCA